CUCAGGCAGCUACCAUACCUAGAUCUGUUCUCUCCAGGGUCCAGGAUGUCCUCUGCUCCUGGAGACCCUCAGCCUCCGCUGUGGGUGAUCACUGGAUCUCAUUCCUGGGGUGGAUCUGAGAAGCUGGACAGCCUUCAGGACCAGAAGUCUCCCUUUGCUGUGGAGUGGAUCCCUGAUCUGGCCACCUUAUCCCUGGAGAUCUCCAAGGAGGAGACCAUUAGUCUUGAAGACCACCCAUCUCUUGAUGAGGAGCAGCGGGGAGCCACAGACCCCUCGGUGGUGGACACCUGCAGGCAGCAUGGACAGCAGCUCAGCCUCUACUGCUACCAGGAGCAGAAGCUCAUCUGUGCCCAGUGCAAAUCCCUGGGCAGCUGCCAGGCACACAGGAUCAAGCCAGUGGAAGAAAGGGCAUCUCAGAUCCGGAACAAGAUAGUCGAUCAGUGCGAGAAGCUGCAGCUACAAACGGCUGGAAUUGAGAAGUAUCUCGCUGACUCGCUUCCAGCCAAGAUCCCACGAGUGGCGAGCACGGCCAGGUCUGCUCGCGAGAUGAUCAUCCAGCGACUGAACUUUAUCCGCAACGUGUGUGACAGUGAAGAGCAGCGCCUCCUGGAGGAGAUCCACGCUGAGGAGGAGCGGGCACAGCAAGGGAUUCUCACCCAGAAGGCCCACUGGACGGAGUCCACCAAGAAGCUGUCCGGGAUCAGGAACUACCUGGUGGACAUGUUGACCAACAUGGACGACCUCAACCUCAUUGUCUCCGAAAACAAAAUGGACGACAGAACAGAAGAAGCAGAAGGAAUUCUGGAGCCUCAGGAGUCGGAAAAGUUAAACUUUAACAUGGAUUGUUGUCAAAGUCCAUUACUGAACAGAUUGUGGGCCCUGUCUGUCCUCUGCUACACCUCCGCUUGUGAAAGCCUCACGUUUGAUGAGAAGACCAUGAGUCCCCUCCUCGCCUUAUCAGACAACAGCCUUAAGUUCCUCCACAAGAAGGCGAAGAACUAUCCAGAUGGACCUGAAAGGUUUGACCACUGGCCCAACUGCUUGGCAGUAGAGUCUUUCCAGAAGGGCAUCCACAUGUGGAAGGUGAACGUGGAGACAUGUUGUGCCUACAAGCUCGGCAUCACCUACAGAACCAUCGCCCGCAAGGGCUCAGGCAACGACGCCCGGUUAGGAUACAACCCGGUUUCCUGGAUCUUCUCCCGUUACGACAAAGACUUCAGUUUUUCCCACGACUCUCAGCAUUAUCAUGUAGAACUCCUGAAGGGUCCCAAACAAGUUGGCGUCUUGGUGGACAUGGAUGCUGGAGAGCUGAUCUUCUUUGAACCUUCCUCUUGUGUCAUCCUGUACAGUCACCAGACAACGUUUACCGCUCCAGUCAGUCCUGUAUUUGCCGUGGCCGACGAGAGCAUCAGUCUCGAGAAGUGACCUGAGACAGAGGAGGUCCUUAUGGGCAUAUAAGAGACUCUAGAUUUUUAUCUAAGUUGUUACAUACGUAAUAAGAGCAUUCCACCCAAAGCUCAGUCUUCAGUUUGGAUUGGUUCUCCAGAAGCUGGACCAUACCUGGUGUCCUAUCCAAUGGUUGGAUAUGGUUGGCCAGUCAUGGUUCCCUAGUGCCUUCCUUGCCUAUGGUUGGUGAUGUCAGACAUGGGAUCUCACCUUGGACCCCAGGAUUGCAUUGAAGCCAGGUCCAAGAUGGCCACGCCACAGAACCCAACAUAAAUCUUGUGUGACUCCAUGGGUAAUACCGCGUCUAGGGACCAUAGCUCUCAAGACCCCCUUUUCUUUUUUACAGGAACAGCGCCACUCUUGUCCACAGGAUGUAUCUGGUACUGCAGCUUAUCCACAAUUAGGUGAAUGCGGCUGAAGUGUAAUACCAGACACAACCUGUGCUCAAAAGUGGCGCUGUAUGAUCACCAAGAAGAGACUUAUCCUUGAACGACUUUACGUUGACAACAAUGAGAGGUGGAAUACAUGCGGUUGUCCCGGAUGUGCCCAUACACAGAAGUUAAAUGUCAAUAGGGCUGGCUGACCAUAUGACAUGUUUGGGGGUGUCCCAACUUUCCGCCCGCACCAGUGGAUCAUGGUCAUGGGAAAGGAAGGAUCGGGCUGUUGUAUUUCAGCAUGCCCUAUCCUUAGUUCUCAUGGGAGAUAGGACGCUGCUAGAUGUGUCUGGCAGCGCUUACUCCCCUCUCCCCAUGUGUAUGGGGGGGGGCGGUCAGGUAUGUGCAUCAGAACAUGUGAACUGUUUAUCCGAUGUGCCAGGAACGUGGUCAGUGGAUGGCAGCGCAAUAUUUUUUGUAAGUUUGGCGUCCAUCAAAUCGCUGUUGCCCGGAACAACGAAAGACUGUGAAUUCCAUACGGUAUGACGAAUGUCGGAAGAUUUCAGAAAUUCUUCAAAGAAUAUUUGCACAAAAUGUAUAAAAGCUGUGUGGAUGGAAUAUAAAUUAUACCGUUAUAACACGUGCCGAGUGACGCCACUUUUGUAUGUUAUAUACUGCGCUCACUUCUCACUCUUCUUUUAAAAACGUGGGGCCCCCCCUUUGUAACGGCAGGGCGCCAUAUGCUGGCACAUCCAUUCGACCAGCUCCCGUCAGGGGCCACGAGCCAGAACCUGGUUUACAUCUGUAGUGUACGCAGCGACUGCGCUCCUAUAAUGCCCCCUGUUCACGUGCCCAGCAGAUAACGGCCGGCUGAGGUUACUCGGAGCCGCGUCACGUCCCUAGCCGUGCGUGGGAGCGCCAUGGACUUUGCCCCCUUGGCACAGAAAACUGCAGCGGACAUACUUAAAGGGACCCACCAGAAAAAUAUGCAGAAAAUCGAAGCUUCUUAGUCGUAUCUGUUUCUGGGAAAGCUGGGUGAGGAGACAUGAAUGCUACAGAUCACCCAUCUUUCCUAGCUUCCUGAAUGGUGAAUAUGCACAGAAUUACAAGAACA